CGUUAUGUCAUCGCAUCCGUAAAGGAUAUAUCGAUAUUUUGUAGACACGACAUCAUGCGCUGCCAUCUUGUGAGUAUUUAGUAUCUACUUUCUGGUCCACGACAUAGUCUCGAGGGUACAGCCAGAUUCCCCUACGUGGCAAAGUACCGGCCGGCCAGAAACAUUUGCCACUCAAACAAACCGCCUACUCUCGCAUUCUUUAAUCAGAGGUCUGCAUGUUAGGUUCAAUGCCUUGACAUAAGCAUGCGCAAACAAGUUCAGAACUCCGGGGUAACCACCACCGCACCGGAAGUGGGAAGUAUUCGGUGACAUGGCAGUUUCACGAGUUCGCUUCGCCAGUGAUGUCGAGUUGGAAGGAAACUCAGUACGCGCAGAAGGUCCUGAAUCAAGUUCAGUGCUAACACCGACCUCAGAUUAUCACAUCAACCUCGGCCUUCUUUCUUUCAAACACAUUUACGAAGCUUGUUUUGAUAUCGAACACAACCUAGGCGUUCAACUCGAUUUGACUCAAGUUAUUCCAAGCCUAUACUUGACCAUCUUACAAGCCACGCCCACUACUACUGGUCAUAAUGUCUGCAUCAAAGUCAAAGCUUCAAGAGACGGACCAUUCAAAGAGUAUUUCGUCUUGAGAAGCUCCGAAGACUCCAAACGAACACUGAAAGUUAUGGUAACUGCGAAAGUGCUGGGCAAACACAAGGGCACGCCGCUAUUGAAGACUGGAGUGAGAUGCAUUGAUACAGAGCCAGAUGAUGAUGAUGCUACCACUGACUGGCAGGGAUUUGAUGAUUAGUUGUACGCUGUAGUAGUGCAUUAUAAAGUCUAUUUUGCACAGUUACACUGUCUUCAUCACCAUGCUUUUGUUCAAAUUCCAAGUAUCGCUUGAAGAAAAACUUCAUUUUCUUUGUAGAAAGGGUUAGACAGAUGACACGUUCAAGUAGAUCUCUAU